AUGUCCAAUUACGGCAAGGAUGCGGCGGCGGUAUCGUUGGCGGUUAUGGUGAAUAAAGAGAGAAACAAGGUGCUCUUCGCCGUCGCCGACAACCACUUCGCAGACAUUUUGAUCAGCUUCUUGACCUUGCCGUUGGGAAGAAUCCUCAAAUUCCUCGAAGCAAACCACAACGCUGCUAAGGGGCCACGCACCAUUGGAAGCUUAAGCAGUUUUUACCGCAGCAUAGCGAAUCUCGACGCCUCCGAAUUUGUGACGGACGGCGCUAAGCAGGCGCUGCUCAACCCAAGAAGCUCAUUCGAAGCCGACUGCGAGAGGCUGAAACUCGACAUCUCUCGAACUCCGCCGGCUGAAUAUUUCCGUUGUGCCAACAAUGAUCAUCCAAAAUAUCGUAGUCUAAGCUUGUAUUAUGAUACAUUGGGUGGUCUUGUUCUGUGCCCCACCUAUCGCCGCUGCGGAAUUAUGACAAAAGUAGUAGCUCAAAAGAGCUCUGCAUUUAGAGUCUUCACUAAGCAAGAAGCAUCUUUCAUAAUAUAUGAUGAUCUGCAGAUAUUUCCAAAUGACACAGGAAUCUCUGGGAUCAUGAGCUUUCUUGGCAUUGGAGAUUGCAAGGCCGAGACUAUUGAAGUGUGA